AUGCCACCUAGUGGCCAAAUACUACGUGAUGAAAAGCCUGAAAAUACUUUAAGAUUUCUAACCUUUAAUGUCAAUGGUAUAAGGACUUUUUUUCACUAUCAACCGUUUUCUCAAAUGAAUCAAUCACUUGGAUCUGUUUUCGAGUAUUUUCAAGCAGAUAUAAUAACAUUCCAAGAACUGAAAACAGAAAAAAAGUCCAUUUUUAAAUGGGGGAAAGUUGAUGGUUUCUACUCUUUUAUCUCCAUCCCACAAAUAAAAAAGGGCUAUUCUGGUGUUGGAUGCUGGAUUAGAAUACCAGACAGUAAUCACCCAUUAUAUCGUGCAUUGCAAGUUUGUAAGGCAGAAGAAGGUAUAACGGGUUACCUGGGAAUAAAAAACGGCAAACAACCAGCAGUUUCUUAUAGAGACGAUACGAGUCAAGGGAUUGGUGGUUACGAUUCUUUAGAUUCUGAUCUGGAUGAGAAAGCUGCUCUAGAACUGGACUCAGAAGGAAGAUGUGUUAUGGUUGAGCUAGCAUGUGGUAUAGUUGUCAUCAGCGUAUAUUGUCCUGCAAAUUCGAACCUAUCAGAGAAGGGUGAACUGUUUAGAAUGAGGUUCUUAAGGAUUUUAUUUAGGAGAAUUAGAAAUUUGGACAAAAUGGGGAAAAAAAUAGUAUUGAUGGGCGACCUAAAUGUUUGUCGAGAUCUUAUAGACAGUGCCGAUACACUGGAACAACUCUCAAUUUCAAUAGUGGACCCGAUGGGUGGGAAGGAGUUAGAAGCGCAGCGUAAUGAAGAAGCAAUGCGAUUCAUCAUCAAUCCAGAAACACCUCAUCGAAGAAUAUUCAAUCAGAUUCUGGCAGACUCGCUUUUACCCAACGCAAGUAAGGAGGGAAUAUUGAUAGACACGACAAGACUAGUUCAAACAAGAAACCGGCUUAGAAUGUAUACAGUGUGGAAUAGUCUCAAAAACUUAAGGCCUUCGAAUUAUGGCUCUAGAAUUGACUUUAUCUUGGUAUCCUCGAAACUUGAAAAGCUUGUAAGAGGAGGUGACAUCCUUCCAGACGUAUUGGGUUCUGACCAUUGUCCUGUAUACUCUGAUUUAGCUUUAGAUGUUUUCGAAGUGAAACCUAACACGGCUAACGUUGCCAUCCCAAAAUUCGAAGCAAGGUACAAAUACAAUUUAAGAAACCAUGAUAUCCUAGAAAUGUUUGCCAAAAAAGAUCCCGGUAAAGGACACAAUAAACAACAAUCUCGUAUAACGAAAGGUGUUAGUACAAAGAGAAAAAAUAUUAUUGACAGCAAACCACUCGAUUCAUUUUUCCAAAAAAAAGAUUCAUCAAUCAAAAAGUCUUCGGAAUUACCAGAGCCAAAUAAACAAACAAGAUCGGCAUCAAAAUUUAAUAUUAAAGACGCGUUUGGAAAGCCCCCUUUAUGCGAACAUGGGGAAGAAUCCAUAUUGAAAACAUCUAAGACCUUGGCCAAUCCUGGUAAAAAGUUUUGGAUUUGUAAGAGAUCUCGAGGUGAUUCAAGCAAUAAGGAAUCAUCUUGUGGUUUCUUCCAAUGGGUUUGA